AUGUCCCAGCUCCAAUCGAAUGCCGCAGAGCACCUGAUCAAAGCCAAUGAGAGGUGGGCACGAGACGUAAUCAAACACGAUCCCAAUUUCUUCAAGGACUCUGCUACUUAUCCCCAAAGGCCCAAGGUUCUUUGGAUUGGCUGCUCUGACUCGCGAGUGCCGGCCUCUGUCGUCACAGCGUCCAUGCCUGGCGAUAUCUUUACACACACAAACAUCGCAAACCAAUUCCACAGCUUUGACGACAACGCUAACUCCGUCUUAUCCUUUGCUGUCGACCCGGUCGGCGUCAAACACGUCGUCCUCGUCGGCCACAGCGUCUGUGGAGGUGCCCAAGCAGCGAUACAGGCUGCUGAAGAAGGGCCCGUAGAGCCCCACGACCCACUCACGCGUUGGUUGGUCCCCCUCAUUCAACUCGUUCGAACCCUCGACCUCCACGGGUUGCCUGAGAAUGAGGCGGUGGACAAGGUCGUUGAAGCCAACAUCCUCAAGCAGGUUGAAAACAUUUGCCUCUCGGAGCCCAUUGUCACCGCGUGGGCAACCGGGAAUAAUGUCUCUGUGCACGGAUGGGUGUAUGAUCUCGCUACGGGACGCAUCAGAGAGCUUGUCGUGCGAUCCCUUCCGUAUGUAGAGAAGCGCACGAUAAAGUGGUUCCCGUAUCUUGUUGCUGAGGACCCCUCUGAUGCCGAGGUCCCCCCCAAUAAGGCAUUCACAAACAUCGCCGCCGAGAAAUCCCGUGAUGUUGUGGACCCCCCCAAGAAAGCAUUCUCAUACAUUGUUGCGGAGGAAUCCCGUGAUGUUGACCUCCCCAAGAAGGAUUCCCCCAAGAACGGUCCCCCCAAGAUGGAAUCCCCUGAUAUCGAGGGCCUCCCCAAGGAGGACCCUCUCAAGAAGGCUCUCUAA